AUGGCCGCCGCUGAGAUUGGUUACAACAAGUACUUUGUACCUGAGAACGAUCUCAAGUAUGUUCCUCCAUACCUUGGAAACACCCCCGAGACUACGGAAGAAGUCAAAUGUCCAAUUAUCGGAGACUGGCCUAAAUGGCUGGAUGGCACACUGAUCAGAAUGGGAAGUGGUCGUUUCACAGUCCCUCUCUCAGAGGACGGUUCCAAGCCCAAUGCUGUCCUUCAGCACUUUUUCGACGGACUCGCAAUCUUGCACAAGUUCAGGAUGAGCAAUGGCCAAGUCUAUUAUAGCAGCCGUCACACUGCUGAAGGUGUUGUGCAAAAGGCAGCUCGGGAUGGUUUCCUGACCACCACAAUGUUUGGCCUCAACGCCAACACACCCUUGAUCGACGCUCAAGACCCGUGCUCUGCACUACUGGGCGCGCAGCAAUCCUUGUAUCUCCCCCAAGGACACCUUCUCCCGGACGAGGUCAACAUCAAUGUUGUUCCGAGGAGGGGAAUGCAUAUUCCCGAUCGCCAGAACCCUCAUGACAGAGGAACACCGGCCCAGAUCCCUGAGAAACAGGAAAUCCUUGUUCAUACCGACUUCAACAUGUUGCAAGUGUGCAAUGCCAAGACAUUGGAGCCAAAGAGAAUGCUCACCUACGCCCAAAUUGACCCUGACCUUGCCGGCUACGGCAUUUGUGCCCACCCUUGCAAGGACCGCCAGCGAGGCAUGACGUUCAACUACAUCAUCGACCCCGUCACAAAUGUCUUGUCCAUUUUUGCCCUCGACUAUCGAUCCAACCCGGCUUCUUUGCUUUGGAAGAAGCCUCUUCCUUGUGAACCUUGCUACAUCCAUUCACUGGCUAUGACUGACAAGUUUGUCGUCUUUAUUCGCAACCCCAUUCAUAUGGAUGUCAGUGAUGUCAAGAAGCCGGUGAUGGAGAUGCUUGAGUACGAGCCCGACUCGCCCACACAAGUAUUCGUCCUCGAAAAGAUGACUGGUAAACAUGUCGCCACCUAUCAUUCUGCAGACGGUUUCAUGUUCUUUCACUCUGUCAAUGCGUAUGACUUCGUGGAUGAGAAAUCUGGCGAUACAAACAUUCAUGUCGAUGUUUGCAGCUACCCGGGAAACUACAUCCCUUACCGCGAAUACGGCUUGAGCAACGUUGUCGACCCUGCACGCCCUUAUCAAGACGGCACUCUCGUCAGGUACGAGCUUGAGGCUGUUAACUUGGCAAACAUUGAAAAGCCCGGCCGUGUUAUUGUGGCAGCUGCCAUUCCUGGCGUCGCAUCCGAGUUGCCGCGGAUCUCAAAGAGAGUCUCCAUGCAGCCAGGGUAUCGCUAUGUCUACUCCACAGCUGGGAAUGGUGGCGCGGCUCCAGGAACCUCCGUCCCUAUAGGCCGUCUUGGAAACGGCUUGAAAGUUGUCCAGGGUGCCUUUUUCGGUAGCCUGGCCAAGUUUGACUGGCAGACUGGAACUUACAAGCGAUGGCAGCCUCCCAACGGUGACAGCUGUCCAUCUGAGCCCAUCUUUAUUGAGAGGCCUGGCGCUACUGAGGAAGAUGACGGCGUUGUCUUGACCAUUGUGAUCAACAAAGAAGGAACACACAGUAUUCUAGUUGUCCUGGAUGGUCGCUCGUUCACUGAGAUUGCCCGGGCCGACAUGCCCCAGGUGUAUAGCCUGGGUCCUCACGGGACUUUCAUCGAGGGGGCCUUUGGCGAGUGA